GGCCGCGUUUCCGGGUGCGGCGGGAGGAGGCCGCGGACUUGGCUGCAGAUGGGUGUCCGCCUGGGUUGCUCUGGCCUGAUCUCUUGUGUGGAGUGUCGCUGCCCUGCUGUCGGCUGCCAGAGAGGAUCUAUUCUGACCUGACUCCCGUCUCCGCUGUCGAAGGAGUCGGCUCGGCUUGCAGACGAGGUAUGAGUGACCAGGCUUGCCCCCAGCACUGAGCAGCCGGAGCCACUGGGAACCGGGCCAGGAUGCCGAUCCCUCCUCCCCCCCCGCCGCCGCCGCCUGGCCCCCCGCCACCUCCCACCUUCAGUCAGGCGAACACAGAGCCACCGAAACUGAGCCGAGAGGAGCAGCGGGGCCGUGGGGCCCUCCUGCAGGACAUCUGCAAAGGGACCAAGCUAAAGAAGGUCACACAAAUCAAUGACCGGAGUGCACCAAUGCUAGAGAAGCCCAAGGGCAGCGGUGGCGGCAGCUACAGCUCUAGCUCAGCUGCGAUCCAGCCGAAGGGCGGCCUCUUCCAAGGUGGUGUGCCCAAGCUCAGACCCGUGGGAACGAAGGAGAGCUCAGACAGCUCCGGUAAGCAAACCCUGCAAGUCCCCGGCUCCAGAGCAGCCGCCCCCAGGCCCCCGGUGCCAGCCAGCAACAGCCGACCUCAAGAUGAUGCUGACAACAGCCGGGCCUCGCCGCCGGAGCUGCCGCGCACGCAGAGGCCAUCCCUGCCGGACCUCUCCCGGCCCAACACUGCUGGCAGCACUGGCAUGAAGCACAGCUCAUCCGCCCCGCCGCCUCCCCCGCCGGGACGCCGUGCCACCGCGCCUCCCGCCCCCCCUCCGGCACACGGUGCCAAGGUGUCUUCCUACAACCGGGAGAAGCCCCUGCCGCCCACCCCAGGACAGCGACUGCCCGUGAGCAGGGACGGACCCCCUGCCCCACCACCCAUCAAGCCCCCUCCCUCCCCAGUCAGUAUCCGAACGGGGUCAGGGGCUCAAGGCCAGUCUCUCGCCCCCCCGCCUCCCCCUUAUCGGCAACCCCCCAGUGUCCCCAACGGCCCUUCCAGCCCCAUCAACGAGUCUGCCCCGGAGCUGCCGCAGAGACACAACUCCUUACACAGGAAGACCCCAGGCCCUUUGCGGGGUCUGGCACCGCCGCCACCCGCUUCAGCCUCCCCAUCUCUCCAGAGCAGUCGCCCCCCUCCGCCGGCCAGAGACCCCCCCAGCCGGGGAGCAGCCCCGCCGCCCCCUCCACCGAUGCUGCGAAACGGGGGGCGCGACGCCCCUCCGCCUCCGCCCCCCUACAGACUGCAUGGUUCCACCGAGCCCCCGAGCAGAGGGAAACCACCGCCACCACCCACAAGGACGCCGGCUGGGCCUCCGCCGCCACCCCCACCGGUGCGGAACGGGCACCGGGACUCCAUCUCCACUGUCAGAGCGUUCCUGGAUGACUUUGAAUCCAAAUACUCCUUUCAUCCUGUUGAAGAUUUCCCAGCCCCAGAAGAAUAUAAAUACUUCCAGAGAAUCUACCCCAGCAAAACAAACAGAGCUACACGUGGGGCCCCCCCUCUGCCCCCCAUCCCCAGGUGAAAGCGGGCUGUGCAGGCGGAUUGUUCCUGAGCAGAGACACAGACCUUCCCCUCCCUCAGACGGACCCUCCCUGCCCCCCAGGAUCCUGCAUGAGAAUCUCCCACCGUCUUUGGUUUUCCCAGCUGCGCCAGGACGAGCAGAUCCCCCCCAGUCCAGCUCUGCCCACCAGCCCACCCUCAUCUAUGCAUCUUCCCCUGGGACUCGCCGACCUCGCUGGCAAACCCAGAUGGAUCCUUUCCUCCUCGCUCGUCAUAAAUCCCGGGUCGGGCCGGGAACCGCACGUCCAGCCGCAGCCUUGGGAGCUGGGCACGAAGACUUGGGGUGGACGCCGAACCGUGUGCGGCCGGUUGUGGGGACCAGAGGUGGUUCAGUGCCCGAUUUCUGGGGGCCGGGGUGGAACGAGGGCUUGGAGAGGAGCUGGGGUACGGCAGGAGAUGGACACGCUGCGUCAUCACCGGCUGUGCCGGCGGCGGAGCGAGGGGAAGCAGCGAUGGGCCGGCAGAGCCUCGUUACCCUGGCACAGCCGAUUGCUUUUUUUGCACAGGAGCCAGUGGAGGAGCGGGAAGGGGGAGGUGAGCGGGGACCAUCCAGGGGGACCCCGUCCCCCAAAACCACUGCAGCCCACGGCUUUUCACACCGCUGGGUUUUGAUGGGGUGAGGAGGUGCCUGGUGGUGGCAGCCUGGGUUUUAACGCUAAAUUACCAAACUAGACCAUUUUAAACACUAAUUAUCCAUGGAGGAAGCUGGGGAAUGUCGUUACCGCGGGUGGGGGGGCCCUUAGUUCUGUUUCUUGCAGGAGGGGGGUAGCGCGGGCAGGGACCUAGGGCUGCGUCCCCCGCGCUGCCCGCCUCUGCCUGACGUUUUUGCCUUACACACUACCCUGUCCGACUGUUGGUACCGGGCUGGUUUCUCUGUAUUUACUCGCAGUACCGGGGCGGGCUGGACAUUAACCGUAGUUACUGAUCUAUUUUGUACGUUGUAAAAAGCUUGUACUGCAGGAGGACGGCGGGCUCGCUGCGGCUGUACUAAACCCUCCCCUCUAACUGUUUUGGGGUUUGUUUUGGGGUGUUUUGGGUUGGUUGGUUGUUUUUGUUUUGUUGGGUUUUUUUUGUUGUUUUUUUUUUUUUUUUUUUUCUACAAGGAUGGAAACUUUUCCUGUGUGGGUUGGGGCGAGGGAGGCGUGGGGUGGGUUUCUCUGGAAGAUGAGGGCCCCCCCCCCCCCCCCGCCUCCUCCCCAGCGCUGCCUUUUGGUUUAAAUAAAGGUGAAAAAAAGGUUCUCC